AUGCCAGAAGACAUGUCGAUGAUCCCCUACACCGGGGGAAACCUCGAUGUUGUACUACGGCAUAAUGACUCGGUGGUGGUCUUCGACCGUGACUCCCAACAGCUGGUUCUCCGCAAUACCGCCGACACUCCCCAUGCCGACUUGGAGCUAGCCAACUGUCCGUACUGCGAUCGCCCAAUGCGGGAUAGCAGUCGGGGCCGUCACCAGGGGAAUGCUGAACCCGAGGCGGGAUUCACCAACCCAAACUACUUCCGCAUGCUCAACAACAGCCUCCCGAGCUCCGCCAGUUCAUCGACACCUCCUUCUCCACGCCGACGGCUCGUCCAGCCUGCCCUCCAAGAUGGUCCCGCUCAUGAAUUUUCCGCGCGCUCACCACCCCCGCAGGGGAUUUCCUCUGCCGCCUUCAGCCCCGAUUACUUCAAGCGGUUCUUCGUGGAGGAAAGGGUGCUGGGAAAAGGUGGCAAGGGAGUGGUAUUGCUAGUGAAACAUGUGCUGGAUAGCGUCUCGCUAGGCCACUAUGCCUGCAAACGUGUACCCGUUGGUGACGACCAUGAAUGGUUGGAAAAGGUCCUCGGCGAGGUGCAGCUCUUGCAGCAUCUCUCACAUCAGAACCUCGUGUCGUAUCGGCAUGUCUGGCUGGAAAACGCUAAGAUCAGCACUUUUGGCCCCAGUGUACCUUGUGCGUUUAUCCUUCAACAGUAUUGCAAUGCGGGAGAUCUGCACAAUUACAUCUGCGGCGCGGUUCAGACCUCGACCACGGCGCAGCAACUGAAGGAGCGAAUUCGGCGGAAAUCCAAGGGGGAACCGGAGCCUCGGAUGAGCCUGGGUGGCCCUCGUACCCUCCAGUUGGACGAGAUCUAUUCGUUCUUCCGAGACAUUACAUCGGGUCUUCGAUAUCUUCAUGUCAAUGGCUAUAUUCAUCGUGACCUGAAGCCGCAUAACUGCCUUCUUCAUGAAAGUGGCGAUGGAAUACGUGUUUUGGUCAGCGAUUUCGGCGAGGUACAAUCCCAAGACGCAAUGCGCAUGUCAACCGGUGCCACAGGCACGGUCUCCUAUUGCGCACCUGAGGUCCUUCGACGCGAAUACCCCGAUGGUCCGUUUGGGAACUUCACAUUCAAAUCCGACAUCUUUUCCCUGGGGAUGAUCCUCUACUUCCUCUGUUUUGCGGGACUCCCAUACGACAGUGCGGACAUAAUCAACGAGGAAAAAGAAGACCUGGAUCAGCUCCGUGCAGAGAUCACCAGUUGGACUGGCUUCGACAACGCCCGGCGCAUGCGGCCCGAUCUACCCGAGAAGCUCUACACCUUCCUCGAGCGGCUACUCUCUGUGGAACCCAGUCUGCGACCCACGGCCGAUGAAGUGUUGAGCGGCAUCCAGGUCGGGGCCAGUACGAACGAACACUUCCGCUUCAAGCGAGCCAGUUCGACCGGCCCUGAUUUGCCAGGAAGUACGCGUAUCCACCCCGUUGAUAGCCCACGGCCAUCAAUAGAACGACGCGCGCUCUCCCCAACGAAAAAAUUGCCCCGUGGCUCCCUGGCCUUCCGACAAGACUCGAUGUUCGACAGUCGUCAUUCCCGAGCCAGCACGACCCCAAUCCCAGACACCGGCCUCGAAGACCCAUCCAUGAGUCCUGACCGGGAAAUGGUCGUCCGUUCCCGGUACCAGACCUCGCCGCCUCUAUCUCCCACUCGCCGCCCUCCUCCCGAGGAAUCGCCUGUUUCCCAGCAACCCCUUCUUCCACCCCCGCCCAGCAGGUUUCCUGUCCUUCGUUCUCUCGCAUCCUUGGCACCCUCUUCGCCAGUCUUGCAGCUCUCCCUGUUCUUAGCCAAACUUGUUUCAACUCUGCAUCCUUGCUCGCCGCUGGCGGUAAACCCCUGGAUCCUCUAUCCUCUACUUCUUCUUGCAGCAGUUACCCUACGCACACGCAGCUUUCGAGCACAAGCUCUUGCAAUCUUCGUACAUCUUCUGGUCAUCGGGCUUGGUCUGCGCCUGGGUGCUCUAUGUGCUUGGCAUAGGGGCUCAGUUAUUGACACAUAG